AUGGGACCUAAAGGCCAUCCAAUAAAUACCUCACCAACUCACGUCUGGACAGAAACUCAGACCUGUACUCUUUUGGAUACUAUCAUCUCAGAUAAAGCUUAUCAGCAAAUUUUCUUCCCUGCAGAUGCUAAGAAACUGUUGUUGGAUGACCCAUCUAUGAUUAGGAGUGAACAGAAGAUCUGUUUGGAUAUCUUGAAAGACACCGAUUGGACGGUAUUGAUGAUUAAGUGCAAACGAGUACUUAUGGGUGACAAAGGUAGACUCGUACAGCGGGAUCAUUGGCCGAAGACUUUGAGAGCUGCAACGCUGAGAAUCCAGGCUCUUCAUUCUCUUGCUAAUACUAUCAAAGCGACUCUGGGUCCAGUAAGGAGCAUUGCUCAGCUUCAGGGCAAUGUCAAGGCUCAAAAAAUUUGGUCUGAGUAUCUUUCUUUCGACCCUUCGUGGCUACCACCAACAAAUAAUGGGCUUCCCUCGAAUCCUCGUCGACCUUUAGCAUUCAAAAUAGCCAUGGACAAAAUCACUCCUAAACUACAGAAACCGCCUUCCACAAACAAUCCCCUUCUGUCUUCAUCGUCACUCGAUCCGAACAGCGUCAAUUCUCCAGUACCCGAUGUUCGGCACACGAAUCAAGGUAGAUUCCAAAACAAAGAACUAUACCCUCUACCAGUCAUUGUCGAGCAACAUGGAAGAUCGGUUUCUGCGCGCGACUCUACAGAAACGUCACCUUCAACAUCACCCACACAAGAUGUAAUUCCAACGAUGAAUGAAUUGAUCCUCUAUCGUCCGUCAAGUACCGACAUACACAGAGCUUCAUCCAGCACUUCUCCAAACGAUGAGAAGAGCAUGACAGAUGCUAGUCAGAUUCUCGUUACAUUACUGGAUAUAGUUCUGGAAGAGCUGGAGAAUCAAUCGUCAAGAUGUAUGACCAAAAUCAAAGUCACCUUUGAUCGAGACCUCUCUUCGGCUGAAGAGGCUGUCAUGAGGAUAGUAAAGCAAAUGGGUGGCCUAAUCAUCGAUUUGCGAAACUUCACCAGUGAACAAUGCCUAAUGGACGACGUCGUCUCAACGAAAUGUUUCAUACUUUGUGAAUCCACUUCCCAUCAGGAUACCGCUCAAGUUCUAUCCAAGGAUGAAUCAGACCGAGCGCCAACCCGGAUCGAUAUACUGAAACUGGUUCAACUUGUAUCGAUUUUACGAAAGGAGGAACUCUUAGCCAAACCACUGGAUCUCCUUACAUUCUAA